UGGCAGACCUCUCGACUGUGUUCUGUCUUCUUCAUUGUCUCUUCAAUCCGCACGCCUUCAACCAGCUACCCAGUCGACUGGUCAUCAGGCUCUGACAGUGUUUGGAUUAUUUCGGCUACCAACGCCCCGGAGGAGAAGCGGAGGCCAACAUCUAAUUUGAAGUAUUGAAAGUGGAUACAGAAGUAUUUCCGCAAUGCAGACAAUUAAGUGUGUUGUGGUCGGCGACGGGGCUGUUGGUAAAACAUGUCUCCUGAUAUCCUACACAACAAACAAGUUUCCAUCGGAAUAUGUGCCAACUGUUUUCGACAACUAUGCCGUCACAAUUAUGAUUGGUGGAGAGCCAUACACUCUUGGACUUUUUGAUACUGCAGGGCAGGAGGAUUAUGACAAACUCCUACUGCUGAGUUACCCGCAGACGGAUGUUUUUCUGGUAUGUUUUUCCGUGGUUUCUCCAUCCUUAUUUGAAAACGUGAAAGAAAAGUGGGUGCCUGAGAUAACUCAACACUGUCCCAAGACUCCUUUCUUGCUUGUUGGGACCCAAAUUGAUCUCAGAGAUGACCCCUCUACUCUUGAGAAACUUGCCAAGAGCAAGCAGAAGCCUAUCACUGCCGAGAUUGCCGAAAAGCUGGCCCGGGAUCUGAAGGCGACCAAGUAUGUGGAGUGCUCCGCCCUCACACAGAAAGGCCUGAAGAAUGUGUUUGAUGAAGCAAUUUUGGCUGCCCUCGAGCCUCCAGAACCGAAGAAGAGCCGCAAGUGUGUGCUGCUAUGAACGCCUCUCCAGAGCUCUUUCUGCACAGCGAUGUUUAAAUCAAACUAAAGAUUAAAAGUUGAAAUUUGUUUCUGCAAUAAUGACAAACGCCCUGCACCUACCCACAUGCACUCAUGUGAGACAAGGCCCAUUGGUGUGCCUCCCUGCCCUUCCAGUAAUAGUUAAUUUUUAUAAUUGUGUAUUGUCUGAAAAGUGAUGAGUGCUAGUUUUUGGUUCCUUGUCUAAAAAAAACUAAAUCCCCACCCCAAAAGAUUGUUUCAUCUGCAAAUAAGCAAUACUCUUAUGUAUUUCUUUCCUGCAUUAAUGUCUUUUUAUUUCCUAUUUUAAAUAGAUUUUCUUAGCAUAUAAUCAUUUUCUUUUCAUUUAAUUUUCUUGCUUUACCUUACUGGGGUAGAACUUCUAGUACAAUGUCAAAUGAAAGGGUAAGAGAAAUAUUCUUGUCUUUUUCCUGAUCUUCAGAGGAAAGCUGUGAUAUUUUUACUUCUAAGAUGCUACUUAUGACUUUUAUCAGGAUAAUAAAAUUCCCUUAAAUUCUCA